UGGUGGGCGGGACUUCCGGCCAAGCGGACCCGGAAGAUUCGGAUGCGAGUCUCGCGGCUUGACGGCGCAUCCAUAUGCUCGUCAGUUUCACCGUUUUUAUGUGAUUGGGGCGCAUUUACUUUUUCUGUACGUCUGCGCCGUUUACAACGAUGUUGUCCUUAGAUUUUCUCGACGAUGUCCGUCGCAUGAACAAGCGGCAGCUCUAUUACCAGGUGCUGAACUUUGGUAUGAUUGUUUCCUCUGCGCUGAUGAUCUGGAAGGGACUGAUGGUUGUCACUGGCAGCGAGAGUCCUAUAGUUGUUGUUCUCAGUGGGAGCAUGGAGCCAGCUUUCCACAGAGGAGACCUGCUGUUUCUCACUAACCGGGUAGAAGAUCCCAUUAGAGUUGGAGAAAUAGUUGUCUUCAGGAUAGAAGGCCGCGAGAUCCCCAUAGUACACAGAGUUCUGAAAAUCCAUGAAAAGGAAAAUGGAGACAUUAAGUUCUUGACCAAAGGGGACAACAAUUCAGUGGAUGACAGAGGACUGUACAAGCAGGGCCAACACUGGCUGGAGAAAAAGGAUGUGGUGGGACGAGCUAGAGGGUUUGUGCCAUACAUUGGAAUUGUCACUAUUCUCAUGAACGACUACCCCAAGUUCAAAUACGCUGUGCUCUUCAUGCUGGGGCUUUUUGUGUUGGUCCACCGGGAGUGAGACGCCCAGACUUCAGGAAUCCAGAAGGCUCAACUACGUCCAGGAAACCUCACUCAUGCCUUUCAAAACAGAAUUACGUUAGACUGUCAAACCCAACCGGCUCUUUUUGUACCAUUUGUUUGAGCAUUUUGUAGAAACGUGGAUAGCGUGUUCACAUUUGUAAAAUCCGAGCUUUAAAAGUAUUUUUGUGAGGGAACUAGAUUUAGUCAGAAGUCGAUCUUUAUUCCUCAGAAUGUGAAACCGCAUUCUCAAAGGUAAAUUAAGUCUUGUUACUUUCUUGUUAAGUCAUUGUCUUUGGAAAGAUAUGUGAAGUAUUUUAUGACAACUGAAUAUGAAUGAUAUUAAAUAUGAAAUCUGGUUACCAUCAA